AGAUGUCCUAAUAAAAUAAUCGGUUUUGAGUACGAAAUUUAAAAGAAUAUCGGUGAAGAUUCGCCGUUACGUGACCCUCAUAUAAGAUCGUCAGGAGGUUGAGUUAGUGAUGUCACUGAAGACGGGAAAGAUGAAACCAGGGAAGAAAAUAAGAUGAGUGGCAUGCCAGCAAUGUUGUUGGGGCUGGUGGAGGAGCUGGUGCAAGAUUUUGGAGAAAGUGCCUGGGUGAUUUUGCAGGCAGUGGGCCUUGGUCCACUACUGCUCAGACUGAGGGAGGAGGUGCGAACAUCAUCAACAAGGGCUCGUAGAAAAUCCUUUGUGCGUAUUGUGGGCUCGGUUCUACCACUGAAGCCAGUGGAGAGACCGUAUCUAAGGUUCGUUGCCCUGCGAAGUUUGAGCCAAUCCUGUGACUCCUUGUACUCGGGCCAUACCCAGGGCACAAUCGAUCCAAAAUGGCUGGCAGACACCGAACGCUCUAGAUUUAGGCCAAUAAUAUCAAGAUGUGAGACAGCUCCAGACCUAUUUGCCUUUGAGCAAGCAGAAAGAGAGCACCUCAAUGGGGAGUCAUCACCACGCUCUUCAACACCCUUCAGCAUCACUUCCGACCUGGGAUUAUGCAGGAAUCAGUACCCGUCCGAUGCAGCUCCCAAUGCUCAGAUGCACCAUUCCUCUUUUCAACAUUCCACCAUACAUGCAGCAUCACCAUUUACGGAUCCAGCAGCCAUAGCUAAAAUAUCAGCCCUGGAGGAUGAGCUGGCAAAACUACGUGUACAGAUAUCCAGUAUCCUAAGUCAGAGCCAGAGGCCGCUGACUCCACCCUCAACUCCUAUUCCGGGCGACCGAUCAGGGUCUCCUGUCAGUUCUUUAGCACCUCCUCCUCCACCUCCUCCUCCACCACCCCCGCCACCUCCACUUCAUCCAUUAGGACCACCUCCCCCUCCACCACCGCCUCCACCAGCCAGCCAGAGUUCGAAUUCUCAAGAUGCUCCUUUGCGCAAGCUAUCCUUCGCAGAACUUAUUGCACAGAACAAAGGCAGCAUCAACAAACACACAGAACCUGUGGAUAUUCCUGUUAAUCAGAGCAGCAACUCUGGAGCAGUAUCCAUGGCAGAUGUUCUUAAAGGCCUGAACAAAGUUAAAUUAAAACGUGUGGCUAGAUCACCUGGUGGAACACCAAUACGAGACAGAGCGAAGUCCCCAGUUGGAGGUGACCCCGCAGCUAUUAUUGCAGCAGCCUUGAAGAAACGCUUUGCGAAGAUGCAUGUUGAUUCACCAGAAAAGGAAGCAGAUGAGAGAAAUGAUUUUGAUUCGUCUCCAGAAUCAACACCGAAAACUUCUCGCAGAAUUAUUCUACCUAAGCAAAAUUCAAAUCUAGCAAAAUCAGAUAAACCUGUACGUAAUUUAUUACCAAUCUUGAAGAAGCCAACGCCUAGAUUUCCUAAAGAGGAAAACUCACCUAAACCAGAAUCACCUGUACAUAAUUUGUUACCUGUAUUGAAGAAGUCAACCCCCAGAACCCCCAAACCUUUACCAAAAGAAGAGCAGAAUAACUUACCUAUUUUUGGUCAGCAUCUCCUGAAGAAGAGAAGUCCACGACCAAUGGAAAAAAGAGACAGUGUGAGUCCAUCCAGUGAAGCCUCGGACCUUUCUCGGUGAUAGUGUGAAACAUCUGCCUUGUCGUGGUCUGUGGAGACCAUUUCUGUGGCCUUGAAUCUUCGCCAAAAAUUUCCAGGGAAGGACAUUCCCGCUACCCCAUGCACAUUUUGGUCCUGCUAUACUGUCAUUUACUUCAGGUUUUGGUGUAAGGAAAUUUUAGGAAUGGUGAAUAGUGCAUAUGUACUGACAUGUUUUUUGUUUGAUUUUUAUGUAUAUAUUAUACAAGCACACAUGUACAUGCGCGUAUACAUACCUACAUUAUUACACAUACAUUUAUGUUGAUGUGUAUUUUUAUAACAUUCCACUCUGGGUCAUCUGAAAAUAUCCCAAAUUGAAAACAUGUUCAUUCCUUUGCCUUCCAACUUGAACUUAUUUUAAAUGUAAGUACAUAAUGAGUCAGUGUUAGUAGUCCCAAGGCUGUGAAUUCAUUAUUGGAAUGAACUUCAUAACCUAAGCACACCAGUGCAAGUAACAGGGCAUGGAUUUGUUGCCUUUUGUUACAUACCUUUUAGCAUGAGGUCAUGGUUUAUUGUCAUGGAUUGCAUGGCUCAUGUUGUCUCUUCCAACCUUCUCACACAAGUGCUUUGUAUCAUGCACAUAUGGCAUUAGAUAUGUUUUGUCUAAAACACAUGCCAUUUUUAGCCCUGGAAUGGUAUUUAGUCAUUUCAUACUUCUUUGGGUGCAAGAGAUGUGUUGUUUAUUUUGCUCAAAUAACAAGCAAUCAGAGAUGGGUUUUACUCACAUCCAUUGUGUCCACCCCUUAAGACUUCACAAUACUAAAUUCUGUCCUUGUCUUAUGUCUUCACUUCUCCACUCAUCUUAUUGUAUUAUAUGCUCUACCUCUCCAAUUUCCUUAAUAAAGGAAUAUUCUUGGAUUUCUGUACUUAUUGCCAGUGUCUGAGGGACUUGUGGGUUGUUGACAACACAGGCCAGUAUACGCCAGAGGAAUAUCUCUUGCCAGGUUGAUCAACAAGGAGCUUUGAGGUUGUCUUCUGUAAGAAUACUGCUGUAGCAUCAUGUAAAUGCUUCAUCACUGUUGCUUUCUUGAACAUGUGCUUUGUUAUCUCAGUGGACAUCUUGAGAUGGCUGUCUUUAAAUCUGUACUUCAUUAGCCUAUCAUUUCAUCAAAAGUGCAACCAAAGUUUCCAGCUUUGCUCUAACAAGUGCCAAAAAUAGAAAGUCAAAUGUAAAGUCAGCUUUGUAUUUGUAAAUAUAUAUUACAUUGUAAGAAUACAAUGAAUGUUUGUAUUCUCUGUGCAUUCCCAAUCUAAAAUAACAGAAUGACUGUUUUCCAUCCUGAAUGCCUUAUGGAUAGCUAGAGAACUGCCUUUCAUUAAUAUAGAAGCAAAAGACAGUGUGAAGACAGGAUAUUGCUUUGCCUGUGUAAGCAUGGUAAACGUAUGUAGCAAUAUAUGUUAUUUUUAUCUAUACCAUAAUGAUAAUUAUUAUUGUGAGUCACUGAUAAUCUUAGCAAUAUGUUAUCUUAAAUGAUUUUGUAUGCAUUUAUUUCCAGUAUUUAUUUAUUGCCUGUCCUAAUGAGAGUUCCUUUAAUGUAAUUAUUAUGGCAAACGUGGUUAUCAUUAUUGUUGUUACUAUUAUUUCAUUUCUGUUCUUUUUAAUGUCUGUUAUUAUUAAUAUUGAUAACAGUAAGAUUAUGAUUGUCAGCGAUUCUUGUAUGGUGGUUCAUAAUGUACUAAUAAGUUUUAACAUUAGGUAAAAGGUGAUUGAUGGACAUGUACAGACUUGUUCUAAACAGUGAGAUUAGUAAAUAUUAUGUAAUUUAUGAUGUGUAAAAUCAUUACCAGAGUCAUGGUUAUUUGAAAAUCAGCAAAAUGAUUAUAUUUCCAUUUUCCAUCACUUCCCAUAACUUGCAGCUUCUCAGACCAUUUUAAGGGUUAGAGAAUAAGAUGCAGCUUAGAAAUACUAAAGGCAGUCAAAGCUACUUCAAAACAAGUGCUCGUUAUUUUGGUUAGUUUCACUGGGUAAUUUUUUUUGCUUCUUUGUUAGUGUGCAGUAUUUGUGCAUUUUUUUCUUUCUUUUUCUUCACUGCAUUUAUUUAUUAUGUGGCAUAUGAAGCGUGGAUAUUAGCACUGCUAUCUAAGGUAAAAACCUUAGGAGUGAUUCUUUUUCUUCAGUAAAGCAUUUACUGACGGUGAUCGGCAGAAACUUGUUUAAAUGAUGAAAUAUCUCUCAUCCUUCCAUCACAUUGAAAGUUCAUAUCUCAUGACUCCAUAACUUUUUCCGCUAUUUUAAGUGACAUAAAAUUAGAAAGGGAGUAAAUGAAAAGUUGAACGACGUGAAUAGAUAAGCAAAAAUCUUUGUUGUGUCUGUGAGGUUUACCACAGAAAUGAACACUAUAUUUUUAUAUACCAAUUAGCUUUUCUGUAGAGCUGUUCUGUGAUGAAGGAAGCAUAUCAGUCUUGGCACAAAGUAAUUAUUUGAAAAUAGACAAGUUCCUUACAAAAUGUGUGCAUCAUACAUCAGUAUUAUUGAAGGUACUGAUUUUGUGAAGCAUUUUAGAAAAGGUUGGUAUUUAUUUGGAAAUGAGUAAAGUACUGAAUACAAACUAGGAAGAUAGUAUUUUGUAAUACUCCAUAUCUUAUAUAUUCAAUAGCAUUGAUGUAAAGGUAGAAUUGGAUAAGGUGCUUAAUGACAAACUCAUGAACUGAAAGUAAUUUAGAAAACCCAUACUAUGCAGCAUGAACAUGUAAUCUCAUAAUUCUCAAUAGAUGCACAAGAAGUAUGCUACAUUAUGUGUUUAUGCGUAUGAGAAUUUUGAAAGUGGUAUCAUUCCUCACACUUUUUUUUUUUUCCCCCUUUCUCACUCUUCUGUUGGGGUUUUCUUCUUUCCUCGCCAUUUUUUAAUGUACUCUUAUUCUAUGAAUCAAGCCAGUGUCAAAGUUAUUCAAAGGAAGAGUGGUUUAUAAUCUGUGAGUAUCAUUGAUAGAUAGUUAUAAAGUUGCAAAGGCAAUAAUGCCUUUGCAUUUUUAAGAGGAAUUAUUUUAGAAGAAAGUUUUCAACCAUUAAGAUCGAGAAAAUCACUUUUGUUGAUAUACUGCUGCUUUACCAAGAUAGAAUUGCCUUUAUAUCUCAAGUGCUAAGGUUUGUCAACUUUGCUUCGUAAUGCAAGCAGGAGACCUUGUAAUCAUAUUUUUGCUGAGCAUUUUUAUUGUGUAUUUAUAUGAUAUCUGGUGCCUUGUAAUGUGAUGCAUUAUCUGUAGUCAAUAUUACAAAUGUAUUUUUGUGAAUAUUGUAACUAUUUUGACAUAAAUAUAAUGAAAAUAUGA